UGCUGCUGGAUAUUUCUUCAAAUACCUAGCAACACGUCUGCGACGAUGUUAACCUCAAAAUAUAUAUUAUUCAUGGUUAUUAUGCAAUAUGUAAACUGCAUCACCACCGGUUGUUUCAAAUUCCUAUGCUAAUUCUUCCAAGAAUAUUUGACACAGAAAUGGCGUCGGGUGGUUUACAAACUAAACUAGAGCAAUGUCUGGUGUGUUCGAUAUGCCUUUAUACACUAAAAGACCCGAGAGUCUUCCCUGAAUGUCAACACACGUUCUGUUAUCAAUGUAUUGUGGGUUUGACUCAAGGAAAAACUGAAAAAAGCAAAAUCUCUUGCCCGGAAUGUAGACAGGAAGUCGAGGUGAGCUGCUCAGACAUUUGUACACACUAAUCUUCAAUGAAUUCAUGAAGCAAAAUUUCUAGAGUGUAUUUACUGUACGUUCAAACACUGCAGACAUCCGUCUCGGAUACUCUGCAUGAAAGAUGUAUAAACUACUAAAAUGUAUAAACUAUAAGUCGAUGCACUGUAAGAAUUGUAUAGCAGUGAAGCAUUUGUCUCUAGUCCACUUGUAUGCUCACUGAAGAAUUACAUCCGAUUGAUACUGCUCGGCAUUUAAUAUAAGAAGCCUUACUAAACCAAAUACUUUUGUAGUGGGCUGCAGCCUGCCACAUUCCACAAGGUAGUUCAACCACCAUUAUUUUAAGUCACAAUUCAAAACUGAGUAAUUGAGACUUUGUUUAUAAACACGGGAUCCUAUUAAAUGCAGCAGAUGGUGUCAUGAAGCUUCUUAACUAUUCAAUUCAAGAAACUUGACCUACAUUUCUGAAAGAAUUAACAUUUUUUACUCCGAUACUAGCUACCAGUUGACCCCCACCUGCUGCAUAUAAAGUCUCAAAUAUAGACUUCCCCAAAGCCAAGCCAAACAAUUGAAUAUUUUCAAAUGCUAUCGAUCGUCUCUUGUAGGUAGGAAACUCACCAGACUUAUCGUGUUUCAAACGCAGCUACCGCGUGAAAGAUAUUGUGGAACAUAUAGAACUGGCGACUAUACACGACUGUGUCUGUGACAAACACGAGGGGGAAGAGUACAAGUAUUACUGCCAAACUUGUGAAACACCAACAUGCAAGGACUGUACAAUACAAGACCAUCGUGAACAUGAAUAUUGCGCCAUAAAAGACGUCGUUGAAGAUUUUAGGAAAAGCUUAGUAGAAAAACUUGGAGAUCUUCGAGAGCGGAAAGCCCACCUGGGUGACGACAUUUCAAAUUUCGAGAAACUAGAAGAGAGUUUCAAAACGACGAACGAGCAAGUCCAAGUAGAAAUCAACCAGCACUUUGAUAAGCUUGUGAAAACUGUGGAAUCACAACGCCAGAAGUUGAUUGCCAAGGCAAACGAAAUAACAGAGUCAAAAUUGCAAACAACUGGAAUGAAAAUUGACGACCUUCGCCUAAAACAGACUUUCGUAGAAAGUAAUAUCUGUGAUGUAGAAACGCGUUUUGAUGAUUUGAAAGACGAGGAAGUUUUAAUGAAGGAAAAACGUAUUUCCGAAGAACCAGAAAAUAUGCAAUUUGGAAAUGAAUACGAACAACGUUCAGUACAUAACGACAUGAAGGUUUUCGUCUUAAAGUCCGCUGAAGACUUUGAGAAAUCUUUGAUUCAAUCUUGUUUGGUAGCAAAUAGCAAUGUCUGCCCGGAAAAUUGCACGAGUUCCUUAGAGCCGCCCAAGCUUAAAAAAGAUGAACAAGCAGUUAUAACGGUGACAUGCAAAGACAAGGCGAACAGUGACAUCAAACAUGGUGGACAGACAGUAAAAGCAGAAUUUUCUGGAAAUGCGACAGUCCGUGAAGUUAGUCAUAUUGACCACAAGGACGGGACACAUGAUAUUAUCGUUGUGCCCAAAACACAAGGAGUAGUUGGAGUUAAAAUUUACAUCAAUGGUCAAGAGGCACCAAAAUGCAUUUUUGAAACAACUGUUCGCCGAGAUUCAAAGAUUUUUCGUCAUGAUCAUUGAAUAAAGAUUAUAUCCUAAAUCCUCUAUUUGGCGAAGCUCCACCGUAGCACGGUACAUCUCUAUUGUUAAACUCUUUCCUCUAUGAAUCUCCCCUCUCGUUCAAUUAGUACUCCCCCCCCCCCUGACAUGUGCCUGAAAAUAGCUACUGUAAGCCCCCCGGUUAUUUAGAGGAUUUAGGGUAUAUGACAAUAUGUAUAGUUCAAGGACACAUACAGUAUGAGCACUCAUCAAAACAGUCGUAUGCAUUGAAAACUGCUAAUAUAUUACUAUUAGACUCAUGAGAAUUUUUCUAAGCUUUGUAUAAGUGUAAUUGGAUUAAUGAAUUCAAUAAGGGAACAUCUGGGCAUCAAGGCCCAUUGUGAAACAAGAUCAAUAAUUUACCAAGUAUUUGUAUGCUUGCUUCACAGACAAACAGAUUAAUGUGAUCAUAAACGAUAACUAGAUUUCCAUGAUGCUUUCCUAAAAUCUUUCUAGUAACUUACAAGCGCAAUAAUGAGUUUUUAGUAAACAUCAGGCGGAUUUCUGAAAAGCGUUAUAGGGCAGCAGAUUGUGUUCAACUUCGUGUGGUUAACUUCAAUGCUAAUUUUUCCCGAAUUUGCUGACUGGC